GGCGAGUCGCUGAACACGGGUGGGAAUUAAAGACGUGGGGAUAGUCGUUGCAAAGUAUAAAGGUUGGGUCUGACGGCGGUGCUGGAGGCUGUUAUUUGCUAGCAAGACAGGCGGAAGUUCAACAGGUGCAGAGCCUCCAAAUCCUUGGUUGGGUCUGCGGCAGCUGUCCCUGUUGAGUGUUUGCCUGCUGCGUCCCGGAUUCUGCAGAGCUUCCAAGGAGCGAUGGAGAAGUUAAAGCGAACGGUGGAGCAGGCCCGGGCUGCCUUCAACACGGGCAAGACCCGCCCGUUGGCUUUCCGGAUCCAGCAGCUGAAGGCCUUAAAGAAGAUGGUGCAGGAGAAAGAGAAGGAAUUCUCCGCAGCCCUGAAGGCGGAUCUCAACAAGAGUGAAUACAACAGCUUCAGCUACGAGUUUAUGAUCGUGCUGGGAGAGAUUGACUUGAUGGUGGAGAAGCUUCCCGACUGGGCGAGCCCCCAGGCCGUGGAGAAGACCAUCCUCACGCUGAGCGACAAGACCUACAUCCAUCGCGAGCCCUUUGGCCUGGUCCUGCUCAUUGGGGCGUGGAACUACCCCUUCGCCUUGAUCAUGCACCCCCUGAUAGCAGCCAUCGCUGCAGGCAAUGCUGUGGUGGUCAAGCCGUCGGAGGUCAGUGAAAACACAGCCAAGGUGUUUGAAAAACUGCUCCCUCAAUACAUUGACAAGGAUNGUUGGGUUGGGUUGAGUUGGAUUGCGUGUCAACAGUCCAACUAG